UCCUACAUAUACGUAGUAAGCAAUAGACCAUUUCAUCAAACACCUUCUUUACUGAAAGCCAUGAGAAAGCUUACUCUAUCUUCCACUCUUCUUCUUCUUUUGCUGUUCGUCCCCAUCUUGGUUUCUGCAGAAUGUACCCGCAGUGAUGAAUCCCAAGGCCGCGACAAGGGGGAGGCUCUCAAGUUCAAGCUAGUUGCAAUAAGUUCAAUCCUCAUAGCCAGUGCUAUUGGUGUCUGUCUCCCAAUGUUGGGCAAGAAAAUCCCAACUUUGCGUCCUGAAAAUGAUAUUUUCUUCAUGAUCAAAGCCUUUGCAGCCGGUGUGAUACUAGCCACCGGGUUCAUCCAUGUCUUGCCGGAUGCAUUUGAAAGCUUAACAAGCCCCUGCCUCAGCCAAAGGCCAUGGGGGGAUUUCCCGUUCACCGGCUUCAUUGCAAUGCUUUCGGCUAUAGGGACGAUGAUGAUCGACACCUUUGCUACUAGCUAUUAUAGAAGAUCACAUUUCAAUAAAGCACUGCCAGUGAAAGAUGACCAAGAAAUGAAUGGCGUGCAUGAUGGUCAUGUUCAUGUUCAUACUCAUGCCACACAUGGCCACGCCCAUGGAUCGGACGCGAUAGUCUUGGAGGAUUCAUCGUCUUCUUUCGAGCUCGUCAGGCGACGAAUAAUAUCACAGGUCCUGGAGCUUGGGAUUGUGGUUCAUUCUGUAAUCAUUGGAGUAUCUUUAGGUGCCUCUCAGAGUCCCAAGACAAUCAAGCCUCUAGUUGCAGCGCUGACAUUCCAUCAAUUUUUUGAAGGCAUGGGCCUUGGCGGUUGCAUCUGCCAGGCUAACUUCAAGUCGAAGGCCAUUGCAACUAUGGUACUUUUCUUCUCCCUCACCACCCCAAUUGGAAUAGCUGUUGGAAUGGGGGUGUCAAGUUUUUACAAGGAGAAUAGCAGUGCUGCUCUGAUUGUGGAAGGAGCAUUCAACUCUGCUUCAGCUGGGAUCCUAAUCUACAUGGCUCUGGUUGACCUUCUAGCAGCUGACUUUAUGAAUCCUAGAAUGCAGAGUAACCUUAGGAUCCAGCUUGGGGCUAAUCUUUCACUUGUUUUAGGGUCAGGAUGUAUGUCUCUCUUGGCCAAAUGGGCAUGAAUGCUUAAAUGCAAUUAGGGCUAGAUGCCUAGAUGGAUGGUACAUGGAUUGAAGGGAAUAUGUCCCCUCUUAGGCUUCUCUAUGAAUUCUCAUUUUGAAA